AUGGAUAAUAACAGCCACAGCGAACGACCUCGCAGUAGGGUCAGGAUGUUGAUAAAAAAAUUCUCCAAUCCCAAUCUUGAGACUCCAUUUUCAUCAUUUGAAGAACCGGCGGAAUCACCAGAGGAUGCAAGAUCUCAACCUCUAGGAGACCAAAAUAUUAGGAACCUUGAUGAUACCGAUGUUCUAUCUAGUCUUAGAGAUUAUGAAUCCAACCAUGAUGAAGAUUAUGUGGAUGAUGGAGUAGAUACUGGUAAACUCAUGGCGGAAGUUGAGGUGAAAGAACGCAGCAUGAAACUGGGGUAUCAUCAUAAUGACUACACCAAAUAUGAUACCACCAAGCUUUUAUCAUUGGCAGCAAUUCGUCAAUCUAGGGCCCUUGAUGAAAAAAUGCUGGACUUUACUGAAAAAAAUACAAGAACAAACGAUGAUGAAAGUGAGGAGAUUAGUUCUUUUCAUGAAGAGGACCUCGAAAGGUUGAACAUUAAUGAAUCGUCCACGCCAAUCUACCACCAUCGCCAAGAAAUAGAAAAUGACAGAGAUAUUGAGGCCCCUCAAGAUAUAACUGAUAUCUUCAAUAAAAGAUCCCCUGCGCAGCCGGUCCUGAGUAUGGUGAUUUACGUUGAUUCACGAACCAACAGAACCGUGCCGAGCUCAUACCUUGAGAAGAAAUUAUUGCCAUUCAAAGAAAAAGAUUUCAAUUGUAAAUUCACUUUCAUUAGUAAAUUGAAUUCAGCGCCCCCUGCCAACCCUUAUGGCGAAAAUGUUACGAUGAAACGGCUUUUUGUGCCGACACCCGAUGAUUAUGUAUUCUAUAGGGAGGUUUGUGAUUUGGUAGAACGAAUUUUGAAAUCUUUCAACUUCCAGAAAUUCAAAGAGUUGCCGCAAGUAUUUUACAAUUAUUGUAAAAUAUUGAUGGAAAGUGGCUUGAAUCCCAGUCAAGAUCUUUUAGUGACUUAUAUCAUAACGUUUCUUAAGGAUUUCAAGGACAAUAAUGUGAAAAGAUUACCAUUGAAACUUAAAUUGAUUGCGAGAAUAUUUGCUUUGAGGAACCUCAAAACCGAGAACUUCUACCAUAGUGAUGAGAUCAUUGAUUCAGGUGAUGAUUUGAGUUAUGACAAUGAUGUGGUCAGUCGAGAUGAAUUGAUUAACAAAAGACUGUUUUCUCGGUAUCAGUUGAGUAAUAACUGGUUGCUCGAUGAUGAAUUCUCAUUUGACGAAUUUAACAACUGUAAUUUCAAUUUGUUGAUCUCCAGGGCAAUUCGAUAUUCCAUCUUCUUGUAUUGGCAAAGAAGAAAACAGCUUAAAAAAGUCUUUUUAAACACCUGGAAUGUUAGAUUCGAAUUAAAAAAAAGAGAAAAGCGGCUAACUGCUAACUGGGAAAAGUUUUUAGUGAAAAAGGUCUUCGUAAAUAAAUUUUACAAGCCAUACUUGAAACUGGUCAAAUUGGAAAAAGUGGCAGCAAGAUGUGCUGAAAAAUCUUUAAAAAAAAAAUGUUUAUCAGCUUGGAAAACAAAACUACUGAAUAUCAAUGCUUUGAAUAAAGUUGCCCAGGAUCAUUAUCUAGGAAAAUUCUUUAAUUAUAUGGUUUCCAAACAUAAAUUGCUUGGGAUGAAUGUACAAAAGGCAAUUGGAAUUGAUGAGAAUUCAUUGAAAACUUACCAUUUGAAAACUUGGAGAUUAAAGACAUCAUUGGCGGGAGGCUUGAAUCGAAUCAAAGCACUUCAUGAUGAAGCUUGUAUUAAAAACGUGUUCAGCAAAUGGCGAAAUAAAUCAGAAAAGAUCAAAACUAUGGAAAACGACGGUCAAAUUUUGACCACUGCGAUAUUUUGUGCCCCCCUAUUGUUUCUUUGGAAAGAAAAAGCCCUCAUUCGAACCUCUCAAUUCACUUCUCUGACCGAAAAAAUUACCACCCGUAUUAAGGUAAGGUACUUUAAGAAUUGGAUUACUUUAACGAGGAUCAAUUUGCAAAAGUAUGAGUUUGAAAAAAAUCAAAAAAUCAUAAUGAAAAAAUUUAUAUUUGAAGCCUUCUUCAUUAAGAAUCAUGCGUUGAAGACUUUGGAGAAUGAUUUUCAGAGAACCAAAAAUAUAGAAAUCUUAGCUAAUUAUUUCAUCAGCUGGAAAAAUAUCACCAUGAUCAACUUGAAAGCCACCAAAUUCAAUGUGCAAAGAUUGAAGGCCAAAUACAUGCACCAAUUGAAUAAAAGCUAUGAAUUGUUGAUGGUUGAAAAUUAUUACAAUUAUAAGCUAUUGCAAAGGUCAUUUGUCGCAUGGGAAAGAGAAGCAGUGUACCAUCAACGCCUAAGACAGUUUGAGUUAAUGGUAUUGAAAAAGUUCUUCAUGAUUUGGAAAGAAUCAACUCAGGAAUUGUUGGUAAUUUACAAAAAUUCUGAACGGGUGCAUGACUAUUUUCUUAAAUUCCGGAUGAUUAAAAAUUGGUACAAUAAGCACAUAUAUUGGAUGGAUCAAGACCAUAAUGCUGAUAUUAUUUUCAUGAAGAAUAAAUGUCUUAACAACUUUAUUGGUGGCUACAGAAGAAAUAUUGAGAGUUUCAAAAAUAAAGAAGAGUUCAUUCUUGAAAAAAGAGACGUGAAUUUGAAAAAGCGGUUUUUGCAAACCUGGAAAAUAAGAAUAUUUGAAUUACGACAGGAGAAAUUGCAAAAUUAUUAUCAAGAUUUCGUUUCCAAAAAAAAUCAAGGAAUGACCGAAAAAAUUUUCGGAAUUUGGAAAUCUAGAAAAGACCACAUUGCUGAGUUAGAGAAAAAUGCAAAUGAGAUGGUUUUGAGAAAACAUUUAUUGAAAAUUGUGAAGCGUUAUAUUGAAAUUGAUGACUGGGCAUUGUUUGCGAUUAAUUAUCAUAAUAGAUCGAUUUUGAAUAGAUGUUUUGAGAGGUUGAUCGAGGUGUCCAAUAAAAAUUACGAUUUGAGAAUCACCCUUGAAACGCAUGUGAAUAAUCAGAAUUUUAAGAUCUUAGAAAAAGUUUUCAAUAAUUGGUCAAUGAGACUCAUGAAAUUAAAACAAAUGCAACAGUCGCUCAAGCUUUUCCGGGAAAAGUGGGAUAAGGCAAAAAGCAAGAAUGUGUUGUUGAUUUGGCAACAAAAAUACCAUGAUCGGGCAACCUUGAUUGAACAGUAUCGACAGCUUGAUAGAACUUCAAAUAUUUUGUCUAGUAACAAUUCUCAGGUCAUUAAUGAUUCGAUACUACGUCGUGUAUCACCAAUUAAGUCGUUCAAUCAAAGAAUGGGGAUUUUACCAAAUAACAAUACCAAAUCAGAGUACUCUUUUAUGGACGAUGGUGACCAUUCGAAUGAUGCGAGCGAUCUUAUGGAAGAUUUACCCCAAUCUCCAUCUAUGGAGAAACAGAAAAGAAUUCACACCAGCUCAUCGUUCAAAAACCUGUAUGGUGGUGGUGCCAGUUCCAAGAAUGAAAAAUUGGAUAUUCCCACGAUCAAAAAUGAUCAAGCUAUAUUAUUUUCCUCUACCCCAUUUAGCAAUAAGAUGAGGUUCACUAGUCCUACGAAAUUCGACAGACGGCCAGACUAUGAUAUUAGAACACCGUCUGCGUCUAGAAUUAUCAAUAUGUCUCAAGUCUUCAACAAAGAUGCUCCGAUUUUAAAUCAAGCUGGUUCUUCGAUUACCAAAUCGAACGUGAUAAAGAACGAGAGACUUAAAAGUUUAAAGCGGUACUAUAAUAGUAGUACGAAGAGAUGA